CCGGAAGUUCCUCAAUAAUUUGACUUCCAUUUGCCAACGACGUGCUCGCAUGCUAAUGGAGGAAGCUAAAGUAUCACCGUCAACUCCGGCAGACGUUUAAACUCCAGCAGACGUUUAAGCGUGUUAAAGCUUAAGCUUUUCUUUGCAAUUGGAGCAUUGCACCCCUGGUCCUGUUCCAGGGCCCCUAACAAGCCCCCUUCUAGGAGGGCUUCCAGGAAACUCUCCGCUGACAGGAGGGCCAGCUGCAUCCUUUCGGUUGGCUCAACUAAAGGCUCAGUUGGCGCUAGCGCAUAUGAACAAUGUUUUUGCUGUUGGUAUCCAAGCUGCGACUUUGACGGCAAAGUCCAACACACCACAAUCGCCAUUACCAUCAACACCACCACCUUCUCCGACUGCUGUGGCCAUCAGUCUCCUGAACCUUCUGAAAAUUGCUAACAGCAUGUCUCAUCCCUUUGACAACCCCUUUCUUUCUGGGAAACAAAGUUCCACCCAAGGACAAUAUGAACUGUUUGGUGGAGAGACUGAAAGGGAACCUCGUGGGACGUCUCUUCUACCGACACCUAGGACAUUUGCAGGACCUCUACCGCUACCUGGGGCAUUUGCAGGAUUUCUACCACAACGUGGGAGACUUCCAGUAUUUCUACCGCCACCUGGGAGACUUCCAGGAUUUCUACUGCCACCUGGGAGAUUUCCAGGAUUUCAACCGUCACCUGGGAGAUUUCCAGGAGUUCCAAUGAGACCUUUAGGUCUGCCAGGAAACUACAGACUAGAUUGCGGUAGGAUGACAGUCGAUGAAGACAUAGAGAGAUGUUUAGACUUAAAUAUUGGCAGAGCUCGUGAGGAGGUGAGACUUAAAUCUGCAAAGCAGAAUGCCCCCGUCAUCAGCAAUCAAAGAGGCCAGUCUCCUUCCUCCAGCACAGGGAUGUCCUCCUUGACAUCCUCAGUUUCUCAAGGACUUAAACCUUACAGUGUUGACAUUGACAGUAAGUCAUUGAACUGGUUAUCUGUUUGCAAAGGGGCUGCAGAGGAUAAGUCCUCAAAAAUGCAUUCAUCUGCUUCAACUAGCUGUAUAGGCAGUGGUGGUGGUAUGUUUAAUACUGCUAGUGAAACAAAAUGUGAUGUACAGUCCAUUCCAGGUUUGGCUGAUUAUAACGAACCCAUGCCAGCCAGAUGUAUGUCUCCUAAUGAGUCAAAUCGUCCCACAUAUACAUCUGAAUCAGCUUCUAACAUCCUCCUGCAGUUUGGGCUAGAAAAAGAAGAUUUAGAACAACUCAUCUGUUACCCUGAAAACCAGGUCACACCUGAGAACCUCCCUUUCAUCUUAAGGCAAAUUCGGAUGAACAAGGACAAAAGAACUUCAACAGUAGAUAAACCCAAACCCUACAGCGAACCACAACCCAUCACAACAGUGAGUGAAAUAAAAGAAAUAACUCCAACAAGCUCCAUAGGGACAGCACUGAACCAGGAUGAAAUACCAUCACUUGUCCUUAAACCAAGCAAAGUGAUUGACUAUGGACAUACUGGCAAAUAUACUGCAAUCCCUGAUGGUGAACAUGGACGAGCUGCUAGCAGUACUGCCAAGGUUGAUGGGGGCAGAAGUAUGUUGGAUACGGACAAUUCAAAGAACAGCAGCCGCAGUAGAAAAGUAUUGACAAAAAUUACUGCAGGCAUAAGUGGUUCCUUUGUUUCUUCACAUGACCAGAUGAGUUCAGUCACCACCUUCAGCUCAGUGAGGAGUUCCAUGGCUCCAUCAAGCAGUGGUCCAGCUAAAAAAAUGGAGGCCCAACCAUCCCAGACAUCACAAUCAGCUUUUGCCUCUUUUUCUGUUCCGAACAAAGACACAAAUUUAAGACAUCUUGGUGCUGGAGUCCCCAAGUCUCUCCCUUUGAAACAACCAGAACCAGAUCGCCAGUCAUCUGCAAAACACCAACCAUCCUCUAAUUUAUCUCAUGGUGUUCACCCAAAUCGUCCUGGCCUCAUACUUAUCGGCAGUAAUGAACAGUCUCAAAAUAGUAAUCGGAACAAAAUUGAAGUGCAAAUAUCAAAGGUUUCUGAACGGGUUAAAAAGCCAGCACAACAAGGACAGCAACCUUUUCAGCCAAGAGAUACAUCCACCUUGAAACCGAUUCCUGCGCCAGCCCAGCUGAUCACAAGUUGCGCAACCAGUGUGCCAGGGCCACCCUCCAAGAAGCAGCUUGCAGCUAAGAUGGGAAAUCCGAAGCACGUUCCAGGGGCAACCAUGAUACAAGACUAUGCUGCAGCAACACCCGAAAAAUUUCCUCAUACCUGUUGUCUUUGUUCGAAAGAUUGUACUACAUUGAAGGAUUGGGUCGUCCACCAGAAUACCCCCCUUCAUCUUGAAAACUGCAAACUACUAAGAUCACGAUACCCAAAAUGGCAUGGUGAGACAUCAACACUGCUCAGGUCCCGCUCUCGCUCUACCUCGCCACGGCAUGACGACUUUACCACCUCACAUCAUCGUUCACGUUCGAGGAGUUUUGAGAGACUUUCUUCAACAAGGAGGAGAGACAAUAAACGAUCCCCACUAAGGAGCCGUGAGCACCAAGCGUCCUCCAGGAGGAGUGGUGACAGACGUUCUCGUUCUAUUUCCCCAUGGCAUGACAACCUUACCACCUCACAUCAUCGUUCACUUUCAAGUUCAAGGAAUUUUGAGAGACUUUCUUCACCAAGGAGGAGAGACAAUAAACAAUCCCCACUAAGGAGCCGUGAGCACCAAGCGUCCUCCAGGAGGAGUGGUGACAGACGUUCUCGUUCUAUUUCCCCAUGGCAUGACAACCUUACCACCUCACAUCAUCGUUCACUUUCAAGUUCAAGGAGUUUUGAGAGACUUUCUUCACCAAGGAGGAGAGACAAUAAACGAUCCCCACUAAGGAGCCGUGAGCACCAAACGUCCUCCAGGAGGAGUGAUGACAGACUUUCUCGUUCUAUCUCCCCAUGGCAUGACAACCUUAACACCUCACAUCAUCGUUCACGUUCAAGGAGUUUUGAGAGAUGUUCUUCACCAAGGAGGAGAGACAAUAAACGAUCCCCACUAAGGAGGAGCCGUGAGCACCGAGCGUCCUCCAGGAGGAGUGAUGACAGACUUUCGCCACAAAGUCGACGCAAUGCCAGGCGAUCAUCUGCAGAUAGGGCAUUGUCUCAAUGCAGGAGGUCGACAAGUGCUGAAAGAUUGGCAAAGAAGCUGCUGGAGACACCAGCUGUCCAGUCUCUGUCAAAGCAGUCUGAUCUCAAGACUAUGGUUAAAACCUUGGCUCCUGCUUUGCUGGCUGAGCUGAGUAAGCUGACGUCCAGCUCUCAAAAGAGUGGGACAAGUUCCUCAACAAAUCCUACGACUGUAGUAGAAUCACCUGCAGCCAAAGUGAGGAUCAGGGCAAAUCACGGGACACUUUCUCAACGUCAUGUGACCUCUGCCCUGAAAGAAUAUGGAAAAGUCACGUCUGUGGUUCUUUUCAGGUCUGGAAAAGAGGCAUUCAUAACUUUUGAAAAAGAGAAAGACGCAAAGAAAUUUAGGACUUUGGAAAGCUUUGAAAUAAAUGGACUGCCAGUCUCUAUUUUCAAGGAACGGAGUAUCGUUGCCAAUACGACACAGCCGGCAAAAGAGCAGAAGGCUUCGACAAAAAAGGAUCACAAAGCAGCUCCACCACGGAAAUCUGCAAAGCCCAACACCUCCAAAACCGCAGCUUCUAAACCCAGUUCCACUGCAAAAGUUAAACCUCCUGCAUCAUCUGGAGCAGCUUCUAAACCCAGUUCCACUGCAAAAGUUAAACCUCCUGUAUCAUCUGGAGCAGAAACCACCACAAACAAAGUCUCCAAAACUAAAGUUUUGGCUUCCAAAGCAAAAAGUGCUACCAAGCAGGUGGCUAAAACUGUGAAAACAGAAAUGGGCAAGAAAAAAAUCUCAGUUGCCCCAAGUGAUAAAAACCCUAAAAAAGACACAAAACCCAGUAAACAGAAAGAAACUCCUAAGGAACCUAAAAAUGGUGCCGGUAAGUCUGCAGUGGCAACUAAGGAGACGGCCAUGGCCAAAGAAAAGUCUAAACAUAUUAAAAAGGAUAGAAUUGAUACUGAUGGAAAAGACUCAGCUUCCAAAGUUGGAAAAGAUCAGCUUAAAGAAAGCAUCAAAGUUGAGGUGAAGACUGGUGAUGCUGAACCAGGAGCAACAGAUCCCAUGGAGGCCGAGAGUUCUGUUGAGUCUAAAGAUCAAAAUGUGACAGAUAAAGCAGCCAAGAAUUCACAAACUACCAUCAAGGCUGAGGAAACAUUGACAAUUAUGACAUCACAAGACUUCCCUACUGCAUCAACGCAUUCAGAGUCCGCCGUAGAAGAGAUUAGGAUGGAGACAGAUCCUCUGAAAGAGACAGAACAAAAGGCAAAGCCAAAGGAGAUGAAACAAGAAGUUCAAGCUCCUGAAGAAAGAGCUUGUCACAAGCCAGCACCAGAACAAGUCAGCAACAAUUCUGCUGGGUCACCUGAAGCAGCUUCGUCCAAACCAAAGCCGGCCGAUGAAGCAGAAAGUCACCAGCAGGCAUCCACCGCCGGGUUGUGUGAUGGUACCGCAUCAGAGGUCGAAGAGAAGAUGGAGAACCACCAGCAACCAGAAGAAACUGGUUUUGUCCAAAUGCAAACAGAAACAACAUCCACAGACGGAACCUCUGUUCCUCCAGUAUCCUCAGCUGGAUCCACAGCUUCAGUCACAGAUGCCGUAGCGUCAGAGACGGCGUCAGCAGAGAUUCCUCACAUUACUGAGGACAUUUUCAAGGCCUUCACCUUUGUGCUUCGUCAGCACAAACAAAAAAAGGAAAGCAGGAUGCACCAAGAGGAGAAAGAGAUCACCACGAUAAGCAAGACACCCUUUGAAAAUGCAAAGGAGGAAAACACACAAAACGUACAGGAGGAUAUUAACGAUGUUGACACUUCUUCAGAAGUUAUUGAUGAGAACAAUUUUAACUUUGAUGACUUGGUGACUGUUGAUGAAAUUGGUGAAGACCCAAAAGAUACAGCAUAUGAUAGCUGUUCCUCAUCUAAGCCAACUUCUCCAAAGAAAAUAGAGAGACUAAGCUCAAAAGUCACAUCUCCUGCCAAAAAGACCAUGCCAGAAUCUUCAAAAAGUUGCAAGAGCUCAACUUCAGCCUCAUCAUCUCCUACUACCACAAGCUCCUCCUCCUCAAAGUCAGUUAAAACCUGUGUUUCUCCCGGUAAAAAAGCUCAGCAGAGCAAAACGUCUGCCGCUGGAGGAUCAAACACUUCACCCCGAGGUCAAAGUACUCAUUCAUCAGCAACAGUGGUUGAAACAUCUGUGGAAACUUGUCAGCUGCAUAAAAAGGAAGAUAAGCCCACAGAGGGUGCAGUGGUAGAGUUUGACCACAGGGUGUCAGCAAAGGGCAGUGCUGCAAAAACUGUCGAGUCAGAGUCAAAAAUGGAAACAUCAGAGCUGGAUACACCCGAACAGGAAGAGAGGUUAGAACCAACCCACGAAUCCCAGAAGCCAAAGAUGGAAUCUAAGGCAGAAAUACCCGAAGAGGUGAAGAUGAGCAAAGAAAAUGAGAUGCACAUAGAGGAAGAUAGCAAAAGUACUGAGGACUCUGAGAACUUCAAGAUAAUUGAUUCACUCGAGGAGCCGACUGAUGAUCAGAUAAUUACAAAAGACAAAGAUGGCAUCACUGAAACACGGGAACUUAACCUCAAGGAAGACCAGAUCUCUCAUCAGGAAUGUCGUCAGGUUUCAGAUGGUGCUGAUAAUGACAAAGUAAGUCAAGAGGCGUGCAGUGAAAUGGAAACAGAUCCAUCUAUCCAAGAGGAAGACACGUUUAACAACCAGGCAGCUACCCCUGACAACGAUGAAGUUUCCAUGGUGACAGAGGUUAAAACUAAAGUAGCCCACCACUCUGACAAAGUGCUGGUUGAAGCUGAAGCUCAUAAAAUGUUGGAUUCAGAUACUAACCAAACUCUGAGUGCAGGAGCUGGACACACUGGAAAACAAAAAGAAGAAAUAUUUUCAGAAGAAUUGUGGCAUACCUAUAUGAAUUCUGAACAAAUGUGUGAAGAUAACCCUCAUCUUGGAAGCAGUGAUGACAAAGACACCCAAUCAAAAGUCUCUGAUAAUUCAGCUGGUGAUCAGACCACGACAAAGGGUAAAGGCCAGAUAGUAGAAGGUCCCAGUGCUGAAACAUCUCCAAUAGAGGAGGACAAUGUUGUUUAUCAAGUAAUUGAUUCUGUGGAAGAUCAGCUAACAACAGAAACUGAACCGGAGACUGACAAGGAAAAGCAAACAAAAAAAGGCAGUGAAACAAGUUCAAGAGAUGAUCGCCCAACCAGGAGCUCAAGAAGUAAAACAUCUAAAAGUGACGAUAAAGAUAAAACACAGAAACAAAUCACCCCAGGUAGAAAAUACGGGACUAAAGUGAAGGGCAAUGUGACAGAAAAAGAAGAAAAGGUGGAUGAAGGUACUGAGGAGAUGGAGUUUGAGAUAUUGGACUCUAUUGAAGAUGAAUCUGUUCAGGAGGCUCCCACCACAAAAGGUUCUGGUAGAAGACAGUCUUCUAGAAGACAUAAAGAGGCUGAUAAAUCAGAAGAGAUGGUAUUCAAAAUUCUGGACUCUGUAGGGGAAGAAAAUGACUCUGAAAAGCCAAUUGGGACCAGAUCUACCAGAGGAAGAAAAGGGAAAACAACUGAGAAAUCUAGUGAAACUGAGGAAUCCAAGAAAGAGAAGACCCCAACAAGGAGACGGCUAACACGAGCAAGAGACUCACGUGAAAGAGACAGAGGCACAAGUCCCAAAACAAAUGUUCCUCAGAAAAGAAACACACCAACAAAUAAGAGCAACUCUGUUAGAGACGAAAGCAAGGAGGAGAUGACUUUUGAAAUAAUAGAUGCUGUUGAGGAAGAAGCUGAACAUAAACCACCAACAACAAAAUCAAGAAGAGGACGGCCAAAGAAAGACGUUAAACCAUCUAAAGAACAAACCGCAGCUUCAGAGAAGGUGCAUUUGCCCUCUGAAUUUGCAGAAGACACAGAAGCUACAACAUUUCAGAUUCUUGACUCUAUUGAGGAUGAGACGAUUGAUGAACAAGCUACCACAGACCAGACCAAGAAGACUUUCUUAGGAAAGUCAACAAGUUCCAAAAAUGAUGACAGGACAACAAAGAAAAGGACAAGAUCAUCUAAAAGAAAGGAGGAAGAUGAGCCUGUAUACCAGAUUGUAGAUUCUCUAGAAGAUUAUCCAUCUCAAGAGGAGCAGGUAACAGAGACGUCCAUUGUGCAGAAGGAAAAGAGGGGGGCAAAAGACAAAAGGGCUGCAAAUGUUGACUCAGUACCACCUUUAGUUGUAGAAACAUCCAAAGCAGCUCCAGUGAAGCAUGAGAGUCUGCUUCAAGAGGUUGGACAAUGUCCAACAGGAAGUACACCAGACAAAGAUCUUGAGAAACAAGAGGAGUCUGACUCUGCAAAAUCACAGAAGACAUCUCAAAAAUCACCCAAGAAAAAAGAUGAAACUUCUUCCGCAAAUGCGGUCGUAAGCUUGGAUGAAGUCAGCGAUGAGGAAGAUGAUUACCCCGAUGAUACAAUCGAGAAAGAAAAAAUCAUUAAAAUCCAAGCAGCUUUCAAAGAAAGAGAAGAUGAGCAGAAGGAGAAAAAGACCGGCGAGAAAGGCACCAAGGAACGGAGUCGUCGAGGCAGUGGGGGAGCAGCAAAAACCAAAGAGUUACGGCAGGAGAAGGUGGAAGCAGAGUCUCAGGAGCUGGUGACUUUGGAUGAAGUGGGAGUGGGUGAGGCUGAUGGGGUGGAAACUACUAACAGUCUAAAGUGUGGUGGAGGGUUAACGGAGGGGGAGCUGCAGGACCUUGUUACUCUGGAUGAGAUUGAUGAGGAGGAGGAGCAAGAAACACCUGUGAUCCAACCACCCAGCCAUGAGGUCCAAUCAGGAGAAUCAUCGAAGCCAGAGACCUUAGAUGAAGCUGGCCUUGGUGAGAAUAAGGAAGCAGACGAAGAGGAUUCCUCAAGCUCUGUUAAACGCAAACAUGACGACUACACAGAGGACAGCGAGGACUUUGUAACCGUCGACGAGGUGGGAACGACGGAAGAGGAGGAAAUGAAAACGACGACAUCGGCCAAAUGUCGACCCAGGAAGAGGAGCAGGCGGACUCCUGUGAGGAAAUCCACCAGAGCAAAAUUGGAUGAGAAAGAAGUAGAGGAAGAAGAAGAAGAAGAAGAAGAAAAUGAGAAACUCCCUCCUCCUGCAGUCAAUCCCCCCUCCACUCUGGACAAAGACUUGUCUGCUCCAUCAGGAGAGCUGGAGACCGAGAAGACAGGGAUGGAAACGGAAUCCGUUUCUACUGAGUCGACGCAACCUUCUGAGAGUCCUUGUGAUCCGAAACUGGAAGCAGGUGUGGAGGAAAAAGGGAAGGAAGAGAUCAAGACGGAGGUUAAAGGUACAACUGACGACCAGUUACAGAAGCUUACAGAACCUGAAGCAAAGCGACCUCGCUCUGAGUCUCCUUGCUUGCCCGUGGACUUUAAACUGCCUCCAUUUAACCCCAAAAAUCCCCAGGGUCAGGAGUUUGUGGUCCCUAAAUCUGGAUUCUUCUGUAGCUUGUGCUCCAUGUUCUACCUGAAGGAGAGCACAGCUAAAGUGACUCACUGCAGCAGCCAGAAGCACUACAGCAACCUGCUGAAACAUUACCAGAUGUUCCAACAGAAGACUUCACCGCAAAGUUCCCAAGGACCUGUGUCCAAUUGAUCAACCUGAACUGUGGAGGGUGGAACCACUGAUGUGCAGACAGAUGUGUGUUCUUUCUUGAUUCAAGUCCUUUACCUGGUCUAAAGUCUACAUAUUCCUAGAUCUUCCCACUCAUUUUCUUCCUUCUCUGAACAGUGACACUGAGUGGUUGAGUCACAAAAACACUAUCAGAUCUUUUAAGUAGAGAAUGAAGCGAAACAAAGCAAUAAGUUCUUUGUUUGGCUUCAUUUUUAACUUUCACACAGGUGAUGGAUAAAUGUUGAGACUUGAAGGGGGUAAGCACCCCCCAACCCACACACACCCAAGGAGAUCUAGAAUAUGGAUUUACUUGGGACAAACAUGUAAUUGCAUUAGUUUUCAACGUAAAUAGUUGUUAAUCACUGUUGCAACAUAACCAGGUUAUUUUAAAACGUGGUUAAUAAUAAAGUACCUGAAAGUUAAGUGUUGUGUUUCUAAUUCUAGUUGUAGAAAAUAUGAAAUGAAUUUAAUCUUUUGUUUGGUUUUUUUGUUAAAAAAUUUGUUCUGUAUUUUAAAAUUUCCAAUAAAACUUCAGUGUCACUUGUUGAA